AAGUUUUUUGGUGCCUCUAAAUUAUAUGGAUAAUACCUUUCUUGGCCUCCCCAUCCCGAAAAGAUUCUUCAACUUUUAGUUUGGUAGUCAUAGUCGGUAGUAGGAUAAUUGGUAAAGAAGAAGUAAUGGCGGACGAAUUCGCAUUGGAUUUGGAGGAACUGAGACAUCUGCAAAGCAUUGCAAAGAGGCCUAGGGUUGUCUCUCUGAUCUCUGCUGAAAUUAACAACUUGGGAAAGCUGUCAAAAAAUGCUGCUCUAACUAAAUCUUUACAAGUCCCUACUCCAAUCUGUACCGCACCAAAGGGGCUUUCAAGCCCAGCUCUACUCUAUGUGACGCUGGGAUCUUUCAGCUGGGAUCAGGACAAUGAGAAAGUGAAGAUUUAUGCCUCUUUAGAGGGAGUUGACCAGGAGAAAAUUGAGGCUGACUUUAAGCCGAUGUCAUUUGACCUCAAAUUCCAUGACGUCCAAGGAAAGAACUAUCGCUGCGCCAUACCGAAAUUGAACAAGGAGAUAGUACCUGAAAAAUGCAAGGUGGUAGUGAGGCCAACAAAAGUCAUCAUCACCUUGGUCAAAGCUUCCAAAGGAAACUGGUCGGACUUGCACUUUAAAGAGGAUAAGCUCAAGCCAAAUUUGGAUAAGGACCAUGACCCUAUGGCUGGAAUAAUGGAUUUGAUGAAGAAUAUGUACGAGGAAGGUGAUGAGGAGAUGAAGCGAACAAUUGCGAAAGCAUGGACAGAUGCUAGAUCUGGCAAAGCUGCAGACCCUUUGAAGAGUUUCCAGUAACUAUGAUCAGUUAUCGAAAAGAUUGGAAUUGGUUCUUUUUCAGGCAGGGUGCGUUAAGAGACCUCAAACAUCUUUCAAGGAGUUUGUUUUAACUAUAAUGGCAUGAUUGAUAUGGACCUUUUGGUUUUAAUUGUGCGCCCAGAUAUUUGAAUGCGUUGUAGACCGUUUCAUUUGCAUGGCUUCUAUCUACUAUUAGAUAGUCGUUUGCUAUUUCUCCUGUUGGCACCUUUACAGAAUACGAUGAUCAGAUCCAAACUUGAUCUCCUACAAAAUCUGCUAUCUUCAUGGUUCCUGGUGUUCAUUCAUCUUUAAUGGAACCCGAAAAUUCGUCA